AUGGUCCGCGAAAUCGCUAAGCACCUGAUGACUGUCCGCUGGCACGAGAUCCGUUUUCUUCCGCCUCACAUGGAGCUGUUCUUGGAGAAGUCCAAGACCGACCAGUAUCGUGUCGGUCGUUGGGUGCUGAUUGCUCGAGUCGGCGGUCCCUACUGUCCGGUUGGUCUUACCGAGUAUCUUCUCGAGCUUGGUCAGUACUCUCAGUUUGGUCCGGGUGGCCUCAUCCGGACCGUCACGAUUUCCUCUCAGCAGUAUCUGCGCGCAACCCAGCCCGCGUACACGACGGUCAACUCCUGGUUCAAGGACGCAGCCUCCCGCCUGGGGCUUGAUCCUGCGCUGUACAGAACGCAUUCCGGACGCCGCGGUGGCGCGACGCGCGCCGCCAACGUGGACGUCCCUGACCGCCUCUUCAAGGAGCACGGCUUCUGA